AUGUCCGAGAGUGACAGACGGGCCAAACGCUCUCGUUUCGACCAAACAGAGCCUGAGCCGAAACGACAGUCUCGAUUUGAUAGACGUUCACGCUCCCCCUCAGCUCGAGUUUCAGAGCCGGUGCGUGAUCGCAGCCCAAUUAACCGUAGAUCUAGCCCGGGAUCAGAAGAUGCGAGCAAGUCAGCUACUCCCUCUGAUCCUGCAGUAGCUGCAGCUGCCGCUGCCGCCAAAAUAAAGGAGCAGAUACAAGCAAGACAAGGCUAUCAACAAUCCUCCACCCCCCCAGGACGCUCCAUUUCUAGCCCAUCCAGUAAGGCCUUAUCCUCGGUUGCCCAUAUAAAUGGUGAAGUAUACAUGGCGGAUGGCGAUUACAUCAAAGACAUCGAAGUCAAUGAUCUCCGAAACCGAUAUACUAUAACUAAAAGCACUACUCAAAAGAUGGCGUUUGUGGCUCGAUAUAUCCUUCCCCUGGAACUAACUCCAAGUAUGGACGGGAGGAUUAAAGAAGAAACUGGCGCCGAUGUCACCACUAGAGGAAACUACCUUCCUGAUAAAAGCAUGGCAACCCCUUCGAACCCGCCACUGUACCUGCAUGUGACCAGCAGGACGAGAGAGGGACUGGAUAAGGCAGUUGAGAAGAUUGAGGAACUCAUGAAACAGGAGCUCCCUGUUCUAGUUGAUGAACGGAGAUUCCGUCGAAGGGAACCACCAGAGCCUGUUGAAAGAGAUGAGUUUGGUCGCCGUAAAUGGCCUGAGGAACGGAUUCCUAUCGAUCUGGAACCUAUUCCUGGCUUUAAUUUGCGUGCACAAGUUGUUGGCCAGGGUGGUCAAUAUGUCAAGCACAUUCAACAGAAAACCCACUGCCGUGUCCAGAUCAAGGGUCGUGGGUCCGGAUUCAAGGAACACGGUACUAACCAAGAAAGUGAUGAACCAAUGUAUCUGCAUGUUGCCGGCCCUGACCCAAAUGAAGUUCAAAAUGCCAAAGCCUUGUGUGAGGAUCUACUCAGUAAUGUUAAGGAACAGUAUGAAAAAUUCAAGGAAAACCCACCACCGCAGCGAAGUUAUCACGGGGGUGGGGGUUACGGCCAUCGCGACCGCCACCAAUAUGGCCUAGGCUAUUCAUCUGGUGGUGGUCCUCAUGGCGGCGGUGGCGGAGGAUACAACAGCCACUCCUCCCCACAAACGCCGUGGUUCUCAGUCAGAUUAUAG